AUGGAUGUGAUUGAGGUUGACGGUAUUAGAUGUUGUAAUUCAAUGGCUGUAACCAUGUUUAAUAAUACCUUUCUUCAUUAUUCACCAAGUCUCAACACGGAAACAUUAACUCUGACUAUCAUGUUAUCAAUAUUUGCCAUUUUGGGAUCCAUUGGAAAUUCUUUGGCCACGUUCGUUUUUUAUAAAGUUAGAGACAAAACGACAGCACAAAUAUUUAUUUUAUACAUGUCUGUUAUUGAUUUAUUUACAUGUACAGUUAUUAUUCCAUUUACUGUGGUCGUAGAAUACCUGCGUUACGACGUCAGGUUUGACGGAAUCUGUAAACUGUAUCAGUUCCUUAUUACAUCCAAAGUGCCAUUAUCAGCAUUUAUCAUGGUCGCAAUUGCCUUUGAUCGUUAUUUUUGCAUCUGUCAUCCAUUGCGACGAAUCGUGACCCCUUUCAGAAUGAAAAUGGUGAUUUUGUGCCUCACAAUAUUUGCCUGUACUCUUGGCAUUAUCACAUGUUUGUCUUAUGGAGUAUACAGAAGAGCCUCCAUCCCAACAUUGUCAUUUUCGGAUUCAAAGUUGGACGGAAUCGGAAGCAAAUUUAUGGACUGGAGACCAAUGGCUGACGAACCUGUAUCUUCAGAUGAUGUCAGUCAGUCAGUAAUGUCGUUUAUUAUGGAAUAUCUUAAGAAACGCAACGUAAGUCACACAGUUACAUCAUUGGGUGACCAGGACCAGGUUGUCUACAUUGGAACAUGUUUACCGAACAGUCUAGUGCUGGAUUUAAACUUUCUAUAUGUGUAUCAAAAAGUUUAUUCUGUUCUUUUCGUCGUGUGCCUUGUCGUUGUAGCUAUUCUUUAUGGCUUAAUCUUGAGGUUUAUACAAUUGAGAAGGUCUAAAAAACUUCAACAAAAAUUAGUUUUGUGUACUUACAUGAAUGGAGAACAAGCUUUUGAAGGAACCAGGAUGACUUUGUUGAACGGCAACGAUGAUGAACACCCACAUCUGAAAUCUAAGGAUUCUCUUCAUGAAGAAAAUAAUACGUUAAAAGUAGACCAAAAUAAAAACAACGAUAUUCGUCGGACAUCAUCAUUUAUGUUCGAUGCUGACAAGCUUCGUGAUGAAACCCGAACAGCCAAUAUUAAAACAGCCAUUAUGUUGUUUACUGUAACUGUUGUGUUUGUCAUUGCGUUUUUACCCGCGUGGUUAAUGGCUCAUAAAUUUAUUCCGCCUAAUAUUGUAAUAUUUUAUAUGUACUUUAGUUACAAUGUCGCCAAUCCAUGUAUUUAUGCUUUUAUGAACCCCGUGUUUCAGGAAACACUGAAAAAGAUUUAUCGUAGAUCAAGUUAA